CUGGACGCACUUCAUUAAGUCGUAUUGCUAUAAACGUUUGAUGGAAUUGAUUGAAGGGAGCCUGAAAGAACAAGUUGAUCGUGUCUUGUCAGCUCGUUUCAGUUCUUCACACUCUGAAUCCAGUGAAAACUUGUUGAUCUGGUCGGCCGACGACCUCAACUCAGAUGACUCGUCGCAACGACCACCUCUUUCAGAAUUCGAGCAACCACGCCAGAUUUCGGCUUCUGACUCCAACCUUAUUCCUUCCACAUCAGCUGAACGUCCAUCUCCGCGUGUUCGACGUCGCGUAAGACGCACUGUUGACCGCAGUAAUAUCAGCAAUCAUGAGGCUAUCUCCUACUCUUUGUCAUUGUCUUUCUCUUCCGGAUCUCCUUCGGACUUCAGUAACACGCGAUAUGGGUGGCAACAGGAGGCUCCUCUCGCUAGGUUUGGUAAUCCCUCUGAAGGGAGGGAAGUUCCCAAUAUGGAGGACUAUAUUGAACUGGACAUGUGCUCUCGUUCAGUCGCUCAAUCUGAGGAGGCCAGCAGCGGGAGCGAGGGAAACUGGAUCGAAGAUGAGUGCAAUAUCCUUCCAAACCACCGUCCGCAUGCACACACACUUCAACCAAGAACCUUGUCGAACCCAACCUUACAGUCUUCUCUGUUCUUCAACACGUUGCCGAGUGCCAGUUCAAGCUGCUCCCGUCCGGCAGCUUGUCCUACUUAUGAAUCAUGUCGACCUCUUCGAAACCCUCCUUUUCAGGAAUGGCCACCCCUAGUGCAUCACGUGGAAUCGGGUAACAAAGAAACGACGGAAUGUUGUGGCAUUCCUCCCCCUGACACGCCUAUAAAUGAUGUUACUGAUAUUCAGGCGAUUCCCACUUCGUCAAGACGCUUUUGUUUUCAUCGGAGUAGCGUGCAGUGCGAGAAAUUCACGCCUCUAUCACCGAAAGUCCCUGGACUCGUGUCUUCCAACGAUACGCAUGUGCUGCAUUCAUCUCCCGCGGCAUUUCGCGACACUUCACCUUCGAGCAAAUGUGGACAAAAAAGCGACUCCGCGCACUGCGGUGAGCGGCUGUCUCCAGUUAACGCAGAACGAACCAUGGCCACUGAAAAUGCUGCGGUCAUGUUGGUACACACUUCAGAUUUGGCUGUUGGAGAGUCGCUGACCUGUACCGUUGUGAAUAUCCUGAAAGUGUUACGACUCCUUGACCGGUGUGGUCUGGAAGACUUGUGUACAAGUCUCUACGGAAUACGUAGAGUGUGUGGGAGUGGCGAUUCUUGUUCGCCUGUCUGUUCGAAUUCGGAACAGUCCGACGCUGCGUUUACCCGUUCAUCCUCCUUCACGUCUGCCGCACUCAUUUCCCCAAAACGCUCAACGUUUCCUCGGGACAGUUUUAAAAACACUUUCCCCUGUUCCACCACUCCCCAUCCAUCGAAUUCCCGGUGCGAAACUAGCGGCUGCAUGGUAAACUACAUACUGAACUGCAGUCAACGUGGAUCCUCCCUUAUUCCUAUUGAUAAUUGUGUCCCACUCUCCCUUACGCCCGAGGUUUAUUUCAGUGGACCGUCAAAACUCUCAGAGAAUGCUUCUACCUCACUGAACGGCACUGAUUGGCGACGGGGCUGCUCCGACAAUCUGGUUACUUUGCUGUCUUCUAGUUCCAGCUCUGGUCCGAAACAUUCACGCAGCACAAUCAGUCGACUGUUGACUGGCCGUUUCCUGCCGGGCAUAAAUGGAUGGCUUGCUGUGUGGCCUCGCAUCAGUCGUCAACCGGAUAGAAAACUCACCAGCGAUCGCGGUAAGGAUCUUGUGGAUUGGCUUUCCGCAUGGAUUCAUCGCGGUGCAGCAGUCGUAUUGGCCCAGGUCACACGACCUUCAUCCCCUUCUGACUGCAAACCAUCCGGUUCUGUGAAUUCCGUAUCCGAGUUGGUUUGGAGUCAUCGACUCGUUUAUGGAAUCACACAGAAUGCUAAUAUACUCAUGACAAACCCCAUCGAAGCGGUAUCCAUUGAUUACUUGCUCGAAGAGUUGUCACGCCAACCGACUGUACGUUUGGAGAAAAGACGACUGAUCCAGCUGUGGUCCCAUCAUCUGCAUAAUCACUCCGACUCUGUAAAUUCCGGCACUACUUCAUGUGAUACAACCGGGAGGAAUACUCCAUGUUCCGGCGACUUCUCCUUUUUAGCCCGUCAGCCUGACCCACGCUGGAAUCACUUAAAUGUGUUGGGUCAAGUUCUCCAGACAUUACGCGGCGUGGAGACCACAUCCUCACAGCCUUCAAACAGCAAUAACUCGCUUUAUCUGGAACAUUCCUGUCUCUCCCCAACCAUUGUUAUCCCCUCCGUUCAGUUCCCCGGAUUCAGCGUCUUUGUGGCCAGAUCCAACUGGGAACUAGUCCACGCAUUGUGUGAUCCCUGCCAUGGGCUUCAAUGAACCCAGUCCUGUUUUCCAUGCAUUCCUCACCCAAAGCGGACUACUGUCGAAUAUUUUCUCCGGAAACUACCACACACGUCCAUAAACAUGAACAUAUCAUGUGUCUUUGGUUUGGCCUCUUUCAUCGGUCUCCACUUGUCUGAGCGCUUCUCUCACUGACCUACGCCCGGAUCGCUUUGAUCUCAUUAGUGUGCAGUUUACCAACGUCAUUCAUCUUACAGCUACGUUUUGUGGUCAACCAUUAAGGUAUGCUCAUAGCGAAUCGGUGAAUUUUGUUGGCCGGCUACGAUUUUGUUUAUAAUUUGAUGACUAUCUGGUGGACGACAGAAAUCUGGAUCAGUUUUCUUUCUUCUGUGUGCACUCGUUCGCUUAGGAUUUUCUUAAUGGUCAUGCCACUGACGUCAAUACAAACAUCUAUGAUUCUG